CCUCCUCCCUCCUCUCCCCUGGUGAUUGUCCGCCGCCAAUUCCUCCCCUCGCCGCGCAUCUCGCUAGGAAUCGGCUAUCAUCCCCGGUCGAUCAGGCGGCAUGCCCUUUGCGAGUGGUCCCUCACCCCCCGAAUAGUGUUCGGGAACCAUGGACCCAUCACCCCAGGCGGGCUCGAGCAGUGUCACUGUCGAGUAUACGGACCCCUCCGGUAUCUUCCCAACCGUUCAGUCCAUUCUUGCAGAUAAGCUACCGUUGAAGAACCUCCACUGGAAGUCCCCGACCCGCCCCGUUCGAUCCAUCGAGUCCCUCCGUAUCGGUUUCGUCCCUGCCCAGCAGUCGAUCGAGCGCAAGCCUUCCGUUGAUACGACCGGCGGCGCUGUACCACAUCGACGACACCAAAUUCCAGGCCUACGCCAAACACCCUAUUUGAAGAUCUACCUUCUCCGUUGUGAUGACAAUGACACCUACAAGGCCACGGCGCGGAAGGCAGUAAGGGAUUGGAUUAAGUCUCACGCCACGGUCUCCUCAUCCAGCGCAACGUCCACCAGCCAAGAGAAACAUGACGCCUUUGACUGGCUCAUCCUACAUGUUGUACAGGAUGGGGAAGGAGCAGAGAAGGCCGCCCCUGCUUCCAAAUGGGGUCGCACAACCACGACAGUGCUGGAAAAGGUCAAGGCGGAUUUUAACGGAGCUUCAAAGUCGAAUAUAGAUCGCGUGGCUCAGCUGCGACUCCCCAGACAAGGCAGUAACGCGAAGUCGCCUGAGCUAGCCGAUCAAAUCGAGGACUUCAUUGAGAAGCUAAAAAAUGCAAUCCUGGCGUCUUUCGAUCUCCGCGUGGCACAAUACGAGGAGGACAUCAAAGAGAAAGACUCUCAGCGCAGUUUGCCCGGCUGGAAUUUCUGCACCUUCUUCAUACUGAAGGAGGGCCUCGCCAGAGGCUUUGAGAAUGUGGGAUUGUUCGAGGACGCCUUGCUCGGGUACGAUGAGCUGGCCGUAGGUUUGGACACUACCAUACAAGAACAGCUUGAGGGGACUGGUGAUCAGCACGGGAGCGCUUUUCUAACUUACAGCAAGGAUUGGAGAGACAAGGUAGCGGCGGCUCUGGAGUCUGAUGAAGAAGAAGUAGCGCCCAAGGACGAGGACGAGGACGAUGCUGAGCCGGAUCCCGUCCCGGAGAUCGCAAUGGAGGAUUUCCCCAUCUCCUCCACCAAGAAGCCCUAUCGAGAGAAGAUCCUGGCCAGUGAUAUUUCCAUCUUUGAUUUCCGCACCUAUGUCUUCUCUAGGCAAUUGACACUGCUCCUUCGGGCGGCAAAGGCACCUGCAUUGCUCAACAAGGAAGCAGAAAGCGGCCCGAAGUCGUCAAGGAAGGACAAGAAGGCCGAGAACCUGCUGCUCCUUUCUGAGAUCUGCCAGAGAUCAACUGAGUUUAUCAGUCUUGCAGCGCGGACGCUCAGAAUCGACCUAGAGACUGGGCUGGCAGAUGUGGACAAUGUCAAAAAGUCUCAGGUUGUGAACAAUGUAGUAUCAUCCUGGGCCUAUGCCGCUACUUGCCAGGUUUUGUCUCAAACAUAUACCCCUGCUCUUACGCUUCCCGAGUCUACGUUACAUGCUGUCAAUAAGGCAGCAGAAGCCGCUGCGCAUACAGAGGCCCCAACAGAGCUCCCCCGACGCUCGAGUUCCCUUGCAAAUCCUGCUCCUCGCCCACCCCGUCUGACGAACUCGGAAAUGUUGCCUCCAGAUGCGCUCUCCUCUGUCCAUGCUCGACCAGGUUUCGAGGGCCCGAAACUUACAGCCAAAACCGGUUCCGAGCAAUUGGCUUCUGGAAGAGGGGAGCUGUUUUUGAUGGCUCGCCGACUUCUCGAAGAAGUUUCUGCAAGACUCGGCUGGAAAGAGACAUGGAACGAUCUUCGUCUUCUUUUUAAUGAAGGGUCUGGCGAUGAUGAUAUGGCUGACGUAUCUCUCGACGACGAGCCUCCGGUUGAGGCCGACAAAUCGCAAAACACCAUCACCCUUUCUGGAAUUGAGCUACCUGGCUUAAAGCUAGCUCUGCACUCUAGGAAAGCGUUCCGUGUGCAUUACGAAGAACUUACCGAUCAAAUGUAUCGGCAUCAUAUUGCUGCAAACCGCACGUAUUCGACUCAGGCAGCUCUUGCCGAUAUGGCUCUGAUACGAUACCGACAGAGCGAUUACGGCGCGGCCGCGUCAUAUUUCCAUCACAUUGCCCCGUUUUAUGGUAGCAAGAACUGGCUUGUUCUAGAAGGUAUCAUGCUGGAAAUGUAUACACGGUGCUUGAAAGAAUUGAAUCGCAGUGAAGAAUACGUCCGGGUGAUCCUCCGUCUUCUCGCAAAGUUUUCUACAUACACGCAGUCCAACCUAUCGAAGCGACAGAAGACGCUAGAUGCAUCGCAUAUCUUUGCGGAAAAUGCCCUGAUCUCUGAGUAUGUCGAGGAGCUGUUCAAGGUGUCAAGUCCUCUUCAGAAAGAAGUCACAGCGCCCAUGACGGAUUUCUUUGCGGACAUCAAUGUCAAGCCUGCGAUUUUGCACUAUGCGGACAAGGACGGGUUUCAACUACAACUCUACCUACGGUUUACUCUUGGGAAGCGCAUUGACAUUGAUUCGAUCAAGCUGCGAUUGGUUGGUGCACAUAGUUCUCAAAGUAAUGAGCAUUGGAUAGAGGCACCUAUCGCAAUGACCAUCAAAUCAUCGUCGACCAGGGUGCUGGUUGACUCUCCGGUAACACUGCAAGGUAAAUACUAUGUGGACCGUAUUGAGAUGCGCGCGAAGAAUAUUGUUUUUACUUUCGCAGGCGGAAAGAAUGCUUCGCUGCCAGUGGGCUUUAGGGAGGUGAUAGAGGCCGAGGAAGAGGACAGCCGGCCAUACAUAUAUUGCUAUCCGCCGCCGGUCGGCCUUCAGGCCAAGAUCGUAUCGCCACAUUUUGUCAACCUGGAAGAGCUGCGGACACUUGAGCUGGAACUCAGCAGCGGAUGGAACAAUAUCAAAACAGGCACUGUCCGAGUGAGACCUGCCACUGCUGGUCUACGGCUGAGAACUGCAGAAGCCGAAGUGGUAGAGGGAGACAUCAAGAUUGAAGCGCAUAGUGAUUCCGGGAAUAUCGAGUUCACGCAAUUGAAGGCGAACUCUUUUGUCCGGUUCCGGAUCCCUUACACGGUCGAGGAACACCACCCGAUGCUUUCUGCAAGGGCAGAAGUAGCAUACGAAACAGACAGCGGACGGUUCUCCUACUCGUCGGUGCACAACAUCAUCUCAGGCUUGCCCAUCAGUGUCAACGUGCAGGAUGUCUUCAAAGAUAGCGUGCUCUUCUCCCGGUUCACCAUCAGUCCGGCCAUGCUGAUUCCACUCCGGAUCUUGAAGUGCCGGAUUCCAGAAUCCGAUGUUUACGAAGUGCAGUCAAGUAUCGGCGAAUCUACAGCGCUAAAUGUGUUUGCGAAACAGCCAGCGUCAUUACUCUACAAAAUCCGACAGCGGCCAGACAGCGUUGCCACACCGGGAUCGAGACGCUCUUUGCGACUAAGUGUUGAUUUUACUUGCGUGGACGACGAAUGCUUGGAUGCAGUCGAGAGCUUAUUCAAAUCAAGCAUCGCAGCCAGUGAUUUCCAAAAAUACACUGCGUUACUCACCUCGCACCUCGUUGAGACAUUCCGCUCACAGUUGUCAACUUCUGACAUGGAGGUGGUCGGCCUAGUCCGGGAGGUGGAAACGCUGCAGUAUGCAAAUGCACACUGGGAAACGUUACUGGGCGCACUGAAGGAGCCAAUUGACGGACUGAAGUCCUGGCUUAUGGAAUGGCACAAGAACCACCCGGUCAUCUGUCUCCCAGAGUCACCAGCGGUACCCAGCAGACAUAUCAUCAUCCCCGUCGACAUCCCCGAAAUUCAAGUUGUGCAUACAGCUGAGCUCCGUCUUGCCAACCUGGCCGAUCAGCCUCCCCACGCAGCAGUUGGGCAGAUGAUCGCAGCCGAACUUAGCAUACGUCAUACACGACGAUGGUGCUCUCCCGAGCACCGCGAGAAUGGGGGUAGUCCUCUUGAGUUCUCGUACGAGAUCCACGCAAACCUCGAGUCGUGGCUGGUUGGGGGUCGACGCCGCGGCAACUUCACGGCCGAGGAAGGCGAGACCAAGACGUUUGCGAUCAUGCUCCUUCCGCAGAAAGCCGGACACCUACUCCUCCCGGGGCUGGAAAUCCGGACCUUUGUGCCACCAUCUUCAUCUACAUCACCGUCCCUGUCACAGCCGCUGACGCAGUCCUCGACGGCAGCAGGGGGGCAAGUGACGAGUCCCAAUCCUGGACCACCCGUGGCAGCUGGGUCCACGACGGCAGCGGCAGCGGCAGCGCUGCAGCGCCGACCCAUUCCGUGCGAGGUCGACUACCGGAACCAUGGCGAGACGGUGCUGGUACUACCUGAUUUGCGCACGACGACCGUGAGCCUGUCUUUGUCUGGGGGGAGUCAUGGCGGGGCAUGGUUGAUUGACUCGGAGCGCUUGCAUGUCCCAAGCACAUAGACUCCGUACAUAGUCCCUACUUCUGCAUACAUUAGAACCUCGGUAAAUAAAACCAACCUAUAGACGACCUUGAUGAACAGUGUAGGUAG